ACUGAGGUGAAUCAGACCCUGAAUAGGAUCUUAAUGGCUUGAGAUGUUCUCUGGGCGACUGCUUUUACAAGCUUCUUGCUGUGUCUUCCCUUAAAGGUGAUGGGGCAGGAACCGUAAUCUGAAAUCUCAGCUAGAUAAAGUAUUUCGUUAUUAGAUCUUAACCCAUGAGUUAGAGUGGAAAUCAUUUGUGCAGUCAGAAUUCAUAGUUCCAGACUGGAAGUAAUUUGGGAAAGACCAUGUUCAGGAAAAGGUUUCGGUUUCUCUGCAGCAAGCAUGAUACCCCACCUAUUUCCUGAACAUGAAAACUAAACUGGGAUUAGGAUUUCGUAUGUGCAGGGAGCACAUCAGCCCCCAGAGAAGAGAUGGACCUGACAGUGUAUUUCUUUAGCCACCUGAAGUUGACAAAAGGGGAAAGUUGUCUAGAGGGGAAGCAUAACAAUAUUGAAAAUGAAAUGGGAUCAACAUGAAGGUAUGAUUCCUGUGAAAGUAAAAACUAACUGCAACCACGACCAAGCGGACUGAUUAGUGGGUAAAGAAGUCAGGUGCUUUUGAAGAAAGCUAGGUGAAAAAGGGAACAGAUUGUUCUUUACAGUUCUUAUUCUUGUGCAUUAGCAAAGGUACCAACCUCUGAAAGUGAGGACUAAAUUGAAUGAAAAGUAAAUUCAAGGGGACUGUUGAAAUAAAUGUAUUGACAGAGACUGAUGCCUCCUUUACAUGUUAGGGGUAAUAGUCAAACAGUAUCCUCACAGCUCUUUGAUGUGUGUUUUUUCCUCAAAUUAGGAAAGUGUUACAUAUCCAAAAGGAGAGAGUAUUGAGUUGGGAAAUACGAAGUCUUUUCUGCUUCUCCCUGGUUCUGGUACUCUCACAUGUUUUCAUUAGUAGUGUGGAUGAAGGAAUGGGGAAAGUGCUCAUUGAGCUUUGUGAAUGACAUUGAGUUGAUAGUUUUCUAGCACAUUGCAAGGCAACUCCUACCAACAGCUAUAGCUAUUGAAACUGGUAGAGGCGCUUGGUUAAAAUGGAUAUUAGAAUUUUAAAUACCCUUGUCAAUUGAGGGAAAUAGAAAUAAACAGUAAAAUCCAUGCAAGAGAAGUAAGGAAAUGGUUAAUGCUCUAACAAUAUUAAAAUGUAAAGUGGGUAAGUACAAAUAAAAAGAUUCAGACAUUUAUGUAGUAAAGUCUAGGUUGAAUGACUGUGAGUUGUUGAUGCUAUAUAUCCAAAAAAUUAAAAUGACCUAACUGCAAAGUAAAGUAACUUCAUUAUACUUAGUGAGUAGAGAGCAGGGUCUAGGGUGCUAUGUUUCAGGAUGGGUAUCAAAUGAAAACUAGAUCAAGGAAAGCAAUGAAAAUUAUUUAAUGACUUGAAAAAUACAAUGUAAUAAUGUGACUGACUUAGAAAUAUGAUUAUAGCUAAUCAACUUAAGUGUUGUCCCAUUACCCUGGGAGGCUAUCUCCUUAUUCCAUAUAUUUACAUAAUGUUAUUGUUGCUGCAAAUAUUUUAUAGAUUCCUCUGUUAGAAAUGCCUCUAGAAUAUUUGGGUGAAUGUUCUUAAAGAGGGCAAAUUUUUGUAACAAAACGGAGGUUUUUUUGUUUUGCUUUAGUAACAGACCAUUUGGAAUCAAAAAUGAUAGAUAAGGUGGAAGAUCAAAGAGAAGGUAGGACCAGAAAGCAAGGAGAUUGAUUUAUUCUUGAGGCUGAUAAACCCACUGAGGGAACACUUCUGAAAGAGGAGUUUCAGAAAUAUUUUGCAUAAUCACAGCAUUGCUGGAAUAAGUUACUUCUAGCCUUCCAAGGUAACUGUUUUGAAGAACAGUUCUUAAAUCAUUUACAUAAACUUUGAAAUGUUUGUUUUUAAAAAAUUAAUCAUAUGACAUUACAGCCAUACCUCAGAGCCCUAUAUUAAAGAAAUAAUUAUUUGAUCCAGAGGGGAAAAAAUGCCCAAGAGUCUUCAAAGAUACAAAAGCUCAUUUUAUAAGACUCAUUUUCAUUUGCCGUUAAUGCUGGGAUUUACAUGACUAGAGGGAACAGCUAGGUGAGACCAGCAGGAUUUAAUGUCAGUGGGAUGUUAGACGUUGUUGUGCAGACAUGAAAGUAAAAUUCGAAUCUCUUCCUUCAGAAAGGACUUCCCAGUUCACUUGUCCCAGGGCUCCCCAAUUCCUCUUUUACCAUAAAUGGUGGUGGAGAAGAAGAGCAGCCCAACCGUCCCUAAGUCUAGAGGCAGGUAACGGUAUUGGAGCCGAAACAGCAACCACAGUGUUUGCAAAUGAAAGUUAACAUUGCCUCUUGGCAUGCAAGCCUGUGCACCCCAGCCACUUAAUCAGGGUCAAGUUGAUUUAAAAUAUCCGUGGGAGGAAACUAGCACAACCUCGCUAGGCCAUAGUUAUUCAGCCAGCUAUUUACAUGGUCAUGACGGAGGUUUGCGAGUCCAAAUAUAUCCCAGUUUUCCUUUUCUGGGUCUCAGAGGCAAACACCAGACUUUAUCUAUAGGAAUAGGCUCCGCAGCGAAAUAGUCAGAAUCUUCUCAAAAUCAUCUGGCUAAGUACCCACCUGUCACCAAGAUGCUACUUUUUGGCUCUGUAACGAUGACAUAAAUAAUCUACUUACAUAAUAAGUUAAAGAGAGAAAGAGCAAGGGAAAUCUUUUCCAAACUCCAGAUGGAAAUGGUUAUCUCUACACAUUUACCAAUGAAAGGUUAGGAAAUGGAAACAUUGGCUUAUUUGACUUUCUUGUAUCUAACAAUAAUACUUAUUAUUCAAUAAAUGGCAGUUGUUCUUGUUUUCCAGCACUAACUGAUGUGCCUUACAUGUAUUUAUUCAUUUAAUCCUUGAAGCAAUUUCACGAAGUAUACACCAUUUUCAUUAUUUUACAGAUGAAGAAAAGGAAGCAAGUUAAGUGGCACCAUCAUGAUUUGAACCCAGUCUGACUCUCAGGCCUUCCAAUACAGCCUCCCAGAAGUAGAUUUCCAGAGCCAGACCCGGAUGCAGAGCCUACAGCCUGACCCAGCUGCCCGCUAUCGAAAUGUGUUGGAGGCACUCUGGAGGAUUAUAAGAACGGAGGGCCUAUGGAGGCCUAUGCGGGGGCUGAACGUCACAGCGACAGGCGCAGGGCCUGCCCAUGCCCUCUAUUUUGCCUGCUACGAAAAGUUAAAAAAGACACUGAGUGAUGUAAUCCACCCUGGGGGCAAUAGCCAUAUUGCCAACGGUGCGGCCGGGUGUGUAGCAACAUUACUGCAUGAUGCAGCCAUGAAUCCAGCAGAAGUGGUCAAGCAGAGGAUGCAGAUGUACAACUCACCAUACCACCGGGUGACAGACUGUGUGCGGGCAGUGUGGCAAAAGGAAGGGGCUGGCGCCUUUUAUCGUAGCUACACCACGCAGCUCACCAUGAAUGUUCCCUUCCAAGCCAUUCACUUCAUGACCUAUGAAUUCCUGCAGGAGCACUUUAACCCCCAGAGACGGUACAACCCCAGCUCCCACGUUCUCUCCGGAGCCUGUGCGGGAGCUGUAGCUGCUGCUGCCACAACCCCACUGGACGUUUGCAAAACACUGCUCAACACCCAGGAAUCCCUGGCUUUGAACUCAAACAUCACAGGACAUAUCACAGGCAUGGCUAGUGCCUUCAGGACGGUGUAUCAAGUAGGCGGGGUGACCGCCUACUUCCGAGGGGUGCAGGCUAGAGUAAUUUACCAGAUCCCCUCCACAGCCAUCGCAUGGUCUGUGUAUGAGUUCUUCAAAUACCUAAUCACCAAACGGCAAGAAGAGUGGAGGGCAGGCAAGUGAAGAGAAGCAGCAGAUAAUGCAGCCAGGGGCUCAGCACUGCUGCGUCCUGCCUGCUUCAGCCAUGUUCUCCGUCUCCUGGCGCGCUCCAGCCUUGAGUGGAGUUGGAGGGAAGGUAGAGGGUUCUCCCCAGGCUGUUGGUGUUUUGGCUAACACCAGUUCUGCCAACCUCUGUUGCCGCCACCUUUCCUUCCGGGCCCUAAGCAAGCGCAGCAAGCACACCACAGCACCUUUGACAACCUCUCUCCAUCCUGGGCCUGAUGACCUGCUCUAGACUGUUAUAGAGGGACAAGCAGCUCAUUCCCUUUGGUUCCUAAUAAAAAGCCUUUAAAUUAAA